ACUCGUACUCAUUACGUUGAUAUCACUGGUGAAGAAGAGUUCAUGGAGAAAAUACAAUUGGAAUAUAACGAGGCAGCUAAAGAAGCUGGAAUUUACGUAGUGAGCGCUUGCGGCUUUGACUGUGUCCCUAUCGAUUUGGGAAUCAUUUUCACACAACAGCAAUUUGGAGGAGAAGUCAAUGAUGUUGAAGUAUACAUGUCGAUAUCGUCAACCGCCACUGAUAACAAAAAUUCGUAUCUGAAUUAUGGAACUUGGGAAACUGCGAUAUAUAGUCUGGCUCAUUCAUACGAACUACGGGAAUUACACGAAAAAUUGUAUCCUACCAAAUUGCCCGAAUUUACACCAAAAUUAAAACCAAGAGGUCUAGGUCUAGUUCACCGAAGUGAUGUCUCUGAAGGAUGGUCUGUACGGUUUCCAAGUGCCGAUCGUCCACUAGCUCUUCGUACACAGCGAUUCUUGUACGAUAAGUACAAAGAGAGGCCUGCGCAAGUUGAAGUCUAUGCCACGUUUAAGUCUUUCAUUGCGGUCCUGAUGUUGUCUAUUACCGGUAUGUUUUUGUUAAUCAUGACUCGCAUGGCAUGCGGUCGUAAUUUACUUCUAAAAUAUCCCUCUUUUUUUUCAUUCGGUUUUAUCAGCCACGAGAAUCCGAAUAUGGAAACAUUGAAAUCGACACACUUUUCUAUAACGUUCAAAGCCCGUGGAUGGACUGAAAAAUUGGCGACACCUACUGAUAAACACACAAAUCCACCUAAUAAGGAAGUAAUCACCAAAGUCACCGGUGAUUCUCCCUCAUAUGGAGGGACUAGCAUCAUGGUGAUCCUAUCGGCGAUUACAAUCCUUAAUGAAAGUGACAAAAUACCUGACAACGGAGGAGUGCUCACUCCUGGUGCUGCAUUUGGUAAAACAUCUUUGAUCGAGCAAAUGAAUAAACAUAAUAUUAAUUUCGAGGUAAUAUCAUCUACCGUGAAAUAGAGAUAAGUAGAUAUGAAGUAGUAUAAGUAGAUACUAGUAGAUAGUAGUAUAUGAAAGUUUUACAAUCCUUACUGACAAGAUUUUUUUUAAUACACUAUAUUAUUUCGUUUGAUUUUGAUACUAACAUUUUUAUAGUUUUUGGGUAAAAAGUUUAUGCUCUCUAUAUUUUAUAUACGUAUAUAUAACACACGCACACUCCCCGCGCGCGCGCGCGUGUUUUUCAACUGUGUAUUAUAUGUCUUAUUUCAUGAUAUUUCAAGAGAAAAGUAUUUAUAAGCGGGUGUACUGUGUAUUUUAUAAUAUUAAGGUAAUCGAAAAUUACAUUUAAUUGUUUGUUUUACUUGGAAUGAAUAAAAAUAAGUAAACCUUAUAUUUAUACACUUAUGACGCAAUAUUAAUA